AUGAGGGGCACGCUCUUCUGCAUAGGGACGUGCACAGGACCGCAGCCGUCACUUUUAACCUCCUCUGCAUGCGGGGAUUUUUCGGUUUUGGCGCGAGGAACUUAUCUCAUCGGAUUUCCCGCACCGGCAGCGCCGCGGAAGCCCGGUUGUCAGGCCGAGAGGCAGCUGUUGCCGCCCGCAGGGGUGCCCGGCCGCCACCCUGGCUCCGCCGCUCCACAUCGAAGGGACCCCGCCAGGGCUGCCCGUCCCGCAGCCCACCCCAGCCCCGGCAGAGGUCGCCGCCAACGGCAGCAGCAGCCCCAGGCCCUGCGCCGCCCCCUUUACGUACUGGCGGACCGGUCCGGCGGCGGGAGCGAACGACUCAGGCCCAGGCGCGGCGUCGCGCGGGCCCACAGCUCUCCCGCCGCGCCACUGGGGGCGGGGGCGGGGCCGCCCUGGGGCGGUGAUACCCGGAUCGAGGAGGUCGGGCCUCCGCCGCCGCUGGCCGGGCCCUUGCGAAAAUGUAUUUCCAUGGCAUUAGUAGAGACCCGAAGCUACAAAAUCACAGAGAAUCCCUGCCCAGAUGCCUGGAAGAGGAGCAGUCUGGCACAAAAGUUUCACUGUGAUUUUAGCCAUCCAAGUGCACAAUGCUGUUUCCACCAAAGUCCUUUAUACGUUGCCAAAGUCAUGGAGGAGCUUGAGUUUAACAGGAUCUAGGAGGUUACCCUGUCCUCACAAAAUCCUUCUUUCUCCUUUAUGCCAGUAUUUUUUCUUCGUGGAUCUUCCUCCUGUUUCUGGCCUUGAAUGGAAGAAAGACUGUCACAGAAAACCUGCUAUGCCCAUUCAUCUUCCUGAACGCUUCUGGAGAGUGCCCGUGCAAAACGUCCUGCCAAAAUUUAGAGCGUAUGUUCUUCUGUGUGAGGGCUUGAGGAAACUGUUGUGGAAACCAUUACAUCUGUGCAAUGAAAAAAACUGCUUAAAAUCAUAGAAUCGUUUCAGCUGGAAGAGACCUUUAAGAUCAUAAAGUCCAGCCUUUGUCCUAGUUCUAUCAACCAGUAGACCAACUUGUCAAUAGCUGGAAUUUUCCUCAGUCAUAUCACUUGGAAACAGAAGAACACAAUGUAGUUAUUUAAACAUACUAAUUACUUUUAAAAAGUGAACAAAGUGCUGUUAAAAACCCUCCAAACUUUAAAAAGGUACCAAGAACUCAAGUAUUUUGAGUCUUACUGCAAAUUAUCAAAUGUAAAUAAGCCUAAUGUCUAGUUAUCUUCAAAUAAAGACUUCCUACUACAGCUGCUAACUAAUUCUCCAUUAAGAACUUGAGGAUGAAACUAUCUUUAUGUGAGACCAAGCUACAAUCAGAGAGAAAGGUAGAAAUUUGCUAAGACAGAAGAAUGAAUAUUGCUUCCCUAUUCUACAGUUUUUCUAGUUAUCAAAAAAAAAAAGUAUAAUCUGUUCAUACAUUUGUAAUUCCAUAUUUUUAA